UGAAAAGUACCGUUUGGUAGAGCGAUAAAGGCACCGAUUACACCCCGAUAAUUGCUAAAAUGGCUCCCAAGAGAAAGUCUGAUGCAAGAAAGGCCCCCAAAGCGGCCAAGAAGUCCAAGAUAGCGUCUCCAGCGCCGGUAGAUACCCCAAGAUUGUUAUCCUUGGAUGAGGUUGAUGCGUUGUUCCAGGACCUCACCACCUCCAAAUUGAGCUACAACAACUUGGUAAAGUUAUUGGAACAGUACCCGCUCAUCAAGGAGGAAUUACUUGCGCUCGAGGCGGCCGGUUCAGAGGAAGCCGUGGAAGCGGUGGAAACCACUGCCAGACACUUAUCCUUGAACUUGUUCAAGUUCUUCCAGGACAAAUUGAAGACCGCUGCUUUGAUGUUGAAGAGCAGUCAGAAAGAAAAAGAGCAAGUCUUGAUCAAAUGGCUCAGAGCCAAAUACGACCAGUUCAAGGGCCUUGUGUUGGAGUUCAUCAGAUCCGACUUGGGCUACGAGUCGUCCUUGCAGAUUGAUUUGUUGGAGAUCUACCUCAACUUGAUCAAGCUUGAGUCCCAUCACAUGAACCCGAACGCGUCUGAUUCCUACUUUCCGAACUUAUCUUUCAACAAGUUGUGCGAGGCUUUGCUCACGAACGAAAACAGUGAGAUCUUGUCCGACGGUACAUGCAACAACUUCAUCAUCCUCGAGUUUAUCGAGUCCUUCUUCAACAAGUACUGGGACCUCCAGUUCUAUUUCAUGAACGACUUGAAUGACUCCAUCGUCAGCUGGAGGGCUGAGAACGAAGCCACCAACCCAGAGAUGUUGCAGGCCAUCUAUUCCAACUUCCUCACCAUCAUGAAAUCUUCUACCAUGCUCUUCCAGACAGCUAAGGACUUUGAUCUUGCAGAAUUAGAAACCCUUACCUCUCCACCAUCCGCCGUUACCAAGUCCACCCAGUACAAGGCCCAGUUCUCCAAGACCUGGCUCUCCGCCCUUAACUACCCCUUGUUGCCAUCGCAGUACAAGUCCACCUUGCUCAUCCUCCACAAGAGGAUCAUUCCGUUCAUGACCCAGCCACCACAGUUGAUGGACUUCUUGACCGACUCCUACAAUGUCGGUGGGGUCGUCUCCAUCUUGUCGUUGAACUCGCUUUUCGAGUUGAUGAAGAAGUACAAUCUCGAGUACCCCGACUUUUACACCAAGUUGUACUCGCUCUUGGAUCAGUCUAUUUUACACACCAAGUACAAGGCUAGAUUCUUCAGAUUGUGCGACGUUUUUUUGAGCUCCACCCACUUGCCCAAUGCCAUCAUUUGCUCCUUCGUCAAGAAGCUCGCUCGUUUAUCGCUUACAGCGUCUGCUUCCGGGGUCGUGCUUGUAAUUCCGUUCGUGUACAACUUGUUUAAGAGACAUCCAUCCGCCAUGAUUAUGGUUCAUAACACUAGCAUGGACGAAGCCGCCUUAAAGGCGUACAAGGACCCCUUCAGCCUCACCGAAGCCGAUCCGUUGAAAACCAGAGCCAACGAGUCAUCCUUGUGGGAGUUGGAGACCUUGAUGCAGCACUAUCACCCGAACAUUGCCACCUUGGCCAAGAUCUUUGGUGAGCCGUUCCGCAAGCAGUCAUACAACAUGGAGGAUUUCUUAGAUUGGAGCUACGAGAGUUUGUUGAGUGCCGAGAGAAAUAAGAGAUACAAGGGCAAAGUCGCCCUCGAGUUCGAGGAGUUUGACAGCUUGUUGCGUGCCGAGGACGUUUCGGAGGAGCCCAAUACGGCUUAUCUUGAAGGGUGGGCCUGGUAGGUUGGCCUAGGGCCGUGUAUAUUAGAACGAAACAAUAAAUGUUGCAUGCUACAAGAAAAACUCUCUGAACUUUUCGCACCAACCAAUUUUUGGUUGACAGCCAUAGGGUUGACGAGAUGGUAUUUUAAUCGAGUAUUUCAUUCCUUAGCCCGGAACCAGUAUAUGCCGGGAAAACAGGUUAGAAAGAUUAGUGACGUUCCAUGGAUAGGCCCCAGCUCUGGUUCCCACCUUGCUCAUAUGAGUGAAACUUACACAAUCCAGAUUCGAAACAGAGGGUUUAAUCGCUUAUUGGUUACACCAUAAAUCUUUAUACCGUCUCAGUAACGUACUCUCAGUGCUCCAUUCAGUUCUUUAUAUCGGUGCAUGCCAUUGAAAUAAUUAGUCCUCAUAUACCUCUCUAUGGCGGUCCGUUCAAAUAAUCCCUCAUCUUUCACUCUAAAAACACCUCUUCUCAUUCCUC